AACGGCUAUUUCGCAGCUACAAUAGUUAAUCAUGUUCGCUUCUUCCAAGACAGUAUCAGGUAUUGCACGAGCCAGCUUCAUCGGUGCACGCAUAGCCUUGCCAGUCUCCGCACGCAUGGUAAACCACUCACUUCUUAGAAGCAAAACUUCGUACUCGAAGGAACUCACCGGCCCCAUGGCCAAACCUAUGAAAGGUACCGCGCGUGCUACAGCCGAGAGUUUUGAUGAUUACUACACUGAGGUCAAGACUGGUUCCGGCUACAACGUGGUAGUUGAUCAUUUGCCAGAGUCUAAAGGUGGAAAGGGUCCAUCUCCAUUAGAGUAUGCUCUCACCUCGCUUGCCGGGUGCAAGACAUCGGCGUUCAAAACACUAGCAAAGGAGGCCGGAUUCAAGAUAGACAACAUUCAGUACAAGAUGAGUGCGAACUUUGAUCCACGUGGUUACAAUGGUGGCAUGACGUAUGCUGGUUUCACACAUAUAAAAUUGGAUGCGAAGAUCAAAACGUCACUUACAGGAGAGGAACUGAAGGAAGCGGCGGAGGAGGUCGCGCACAGGUGCAUCAUUGCCGCAACAUUCGAGAAGGCUGGUGUAGAGAUGGAUGUCACUUGGACCAAAGUGGAGUAGGCGAGUUUAAGUAAUAAAGUAUGUCAG